UAAAGUGGGGCUGGGCUUUAUCUCGAGAGCACUUUAGCCGCUGCUCUGCUCUCGCAUAGGGUUUAUCUCCUCACCUCUUCCUCCUCAGCUCCAAUUCGCUUCGCGCGCACGGCAGCCGGACCCCAAAGCGCAGUCCCAGCCGGAGCUAGUCGUCGUUCGGCGAGCGCGCGAGAAUGUCGUCGGUGCGGCUCUCUGGUGCCGGAGUUGCCGCUGUGGCCUUCACGAAUAAGGGCCUAGCCUCGCAGCCGUCGGCGCUCAGGAUCUGCUCGUCGAGGCGCUCGUUCCGUAGUCUGGUCAUCAGGGCCGCCACUGUUGUCACCCCGAAGUACACUUCACUGAAGCCUCUGGGAGACAGAGUUCUCGUGAAGCUAAGCUCAGCUGAGGAGAAGACGGUUGGUGGGAUUUUGCUUCCAUCGACCGCACAGACUAAACCACAAGGAGGUGAAGUUGUUGCUGUUGGAGCAGGAAGGACCAUUGGGGAUAAGAAAAUAGAGGUCGGCAUCGAGAUCGGGGCUCAAGUUGUAUAUUCAAAGUAUGCUGGGACUGAGGUUGAAUUCAAUGACUCCAAGCAUCUCAUUCUAAAAGAGGACGACAUCAUUGGUAUUCUUAAGACCGAUGAUGUGAAGGAUAUGAAGCCUCUCAAUGACCGUGUUCUCAUCAAGGUUGCAGAAGCAGAAGACAAAACUCCUGGGGGUCUUAUCCUAACUGAAACAACUAAAGAGAAGCCAUCCAUCGGAACGGUUGUAGCUGUUGGCCCUGGCCCUCUCGACGAGGAAGGCAAGAGGCAGCCACUGUCAGUGCCGGCGGGCAGCACCGUGCUGUACUCCAAGUAUGCAGGAAGCGAGUUCAAGGGCGCCGACGGCACAGGUUACAUCGUUUUGAGAGCGUCCGAUGUGAUGGCUGUUCUGUCCUGAGCCUGUGGUUGUUUCACUUUUGAGUUCGCAGUAGACAGUAGCAAGUGGUAAGAUCGCUUUGUGGUGAUCGUCGCUUUGAGCAAAUGAUGUUCCGGAAGAAUCCUAGGAUUGUGUGGUUACAAUUUACGAACUACUUGUGGUGUAUAAACAAUCGUCCGCUGGUAGACUACUGAGCUUAUUUGCAAUGGAUGUUCUGGGGGACAAAAUCCCUCUCUUCCCCGCCUUCAA